CCGUGUUUCCAGAGGCAAAAAUAUGUAAGCAAAUACAGCGUUAACGCGAAUCCCUACGGACUAUUUUUACUCGAAUCUGAUUGGUUGCGAUUUUCGUCAUGACGAAAAGUUGAAUUGGUUUCUACUUUUCGUCACAAAAAUCGUAGCGAAUAUAUCGUCCAGUGGAGAUUCGGCUUUAGGGCCGCUAAGUCGAGAGCAGAUCAGGGGGCGGUUAUUGGUUGAUAAAAACAUCGUAAACAACAUAAUUUGCAAAAUCAGCAAUUUUAAGGAAAUCCAACGUGUCCAUAGUAGGAUUUUUUUGUGCACCUGAGUAACGUUUUAAACUAACAAUCUAAUACUUUGAACAGGUCAACAGUCGUGGCUUUUCUCGGAAAAAAUGGCUGCUGAAAGUCAGUCGUGGCAAGCAAACCUUGUGCAAGAAGAGGGCGAAAGUACUAUAACAAACACAAACAAGAUGGAAAUAACAGAUGAUGCCAAUGAGGGUGUCAGCAAAGAUUUUCAAGCCUUCAUAAAACAUAUAUUCUCAAGCAACAGGCAAGAGAAAAACUCCAGUGAUUUUCAUGUGGACAAAGGUGUGCAUCUUUCUGAAGUUUUGUCAAGACUUUCUGCUGUUGUGCCAAAACACGAUGGAAGAAUUUGUCCUCCAGACACGUACAACCAUAUAUGUAUGCUAUCACAGAGUGUCCAGGGGUAUAUGCAAUUGCUAAAACCUGAACAAUUAACUGAGACGUGUGAAAAAAUAAAAAAUGACACAGAAAAGUGGCUGUCAACGUUAUUUGGCUUGGACAGCAUGUCAUCAACUUUUCACAAUGAUAAACUAGAUGGAUUAUUAAAAGUGUGCAGACUAGCCCUACAUUCGAAAUAUAAUAAAUAUGCUACAGAUGGUUUCACAGCGUUAUACACCAGACCUCCUGUAGUUUAUCUUAGUGCAGCCGCACCUCCAGAAUUUGGAAAACAGCUAAGAAGUGAGCUUGGUCUUCCACAGUCUAGUAUAUGCAUAGUUCCUUGCAAUACAAUGUUUGGUUCUCCUUACACUAUGGACAUUGCAGCAUUUGAACGACUUCUAACAGAUGAUGUUUCUUGUGGGAAAACUCCACUUAUAUUGAUUGGUUAUGCUGGUACACCUUUGUCAGGACACACAGACAACCUCGGUCGGUUGCGCGAAAUAUGUACUCAGUCAGGUGUAUGGUUUCAUAUUGAAGGAGACACAUUAGCAAAUCUUACAAUGGCACAAGUUCAGCCAUCUAUACAAGUGGCUACUUCAGCUGAUAGUUUAACAUUAAAUCUUUCAAGAUGGUUUGGUAUACCAACAUUACCUUAUUGUACAUUUUAUAGAACGAAUAGUCCAGUAAUGGCACACUCAGGACUAUGUACCAAUAUUUCAGAGAAGCUGAUUGUCCUCCCACUAUGGGUGAUCAUUCAAUUUAUGGGUACGCAUGACUUGAAGAAGAUAAUUGAACAUGCUUCUGGAUUGUCUCAACAAAUGUGUAAUAGAUUGGAUAUUAUAAAUGGUAUUAAACGCAUCGAGCAACCGACAGGAGUUUCACCUGUUGUCAUCUUUAAAUACAAAGCAUCACCAUCACUUCCAUUGUCAAUAUCUUCAAAAGACAGUGAAGACAUACCUACAAAAAAAGCCGCUCCACGUGGAAAGCUAGACAUUUCUCCAAAAUUAGUGGAAGUAUUCAAUAAAUUGAUAGUAGAAGACUUGGAAAACACAGUACCAAAUGUGAGUCUUGAAACUGUUAAUAUACCACGAGAAGGAACCUGUCUUAAAUUUCAUCCGCUGCAGACAUCAAGAAGUCAUAGUACGAGUAAAAAUGAUGUUGACGAAUUCGUUGAACAACUACAAACUAAAAUCGUACAUAUGGACUAUACGUUGAUCAAUCGAGUUUCUUUUCAAGAGUGUUUCCAGAGGGUACCUGACGUUGUACUUAUCGAUGUGUCAGAGGAACCUGCCAUAGGAGCUUUCCAGUGCAUACCAAAAUAUUGGAAAACCAAAAGCAUGGCCAACCUCUCUGAUGUAAAAAAACAUGAGGCGAACGAACUGAAUACAAACAUACACCAUGGUUUAUCGCACCACUAUAAAUGUUUAGAGCAACGCACGUUACCAAAUGGACAAGUCUAUAUUCAAGUCGGAAUUGUGGACGAAACUUUUAACCUGCAGCAGUUUGCUGACAUAGUUUUGAAGUGUACUAUCGACAUGGAAGACAACGUCAAAUUUGUUGAAAGUCUAAAAGACAGUGUUCAAAAAAGCAUAGAAGAGGCGCAAACUAAACUCGAGAGAGAACGUGAAGAGAAAUUUUUUCAAGAUGGCGUAUUACGAAGUGUACCUUUGGUUAGUUCCCUUUAUAAUUGGUGGUCGCCUCCUCCCAAAGAAAAUCAUGGCGUUACAGGGCGUUCAUUUGAUUUAUCAUCAGGCAAACUUGAAACGACUGAACAAACAUACAAGUAUAAAAUGCAGAUCCACGAUGAUCAAACAGAUACACUAUCUCAAGUUUCUCAAACGUCUCAAAACACGCAAAAAGAUGAAAAUACUGUGAUGGAGGGUGUCGAAGAAGAGCACAAUGAAGAACUGUCAGAGCAUAACUCUGCUGGAGAAGAAAGCGGGUCGGAUGUUAAAGAAUCGGACGUAUGAUAGGAUAUCGGCCUGAACGUGUAGGGGCAAUCUAUAUUCAAAAGUUCGUUCAUCGUCAAGCGCCGCGUGGAGGCGUUUAGCUGUGAUAACGCGUUGUUUUGCCUGGAUGAAAUUCUCUCUUGGUAAAAAGUAUAUGGUUUUCGCUUUUGUUGUGAAGUUUGUCGUCAACAGGGAUAACUAUAAGAAAAAAAAUGAUACGCGAGGCAAUCAAGUCGAAAAAACAUAUCAAGGCAAAUACAGCUACUUUCCAUACUUCCAUUAACAGCAAAAUACCCGCGUAUCCACCAAAUCCCGCAUUUCUGUUUAAAGUUUCAAAAUGGCGAUGAACGACUUUCAUACAUAGAUGGCCUUCAUUUCAAAGGCACCUUUUAGGCGUCGGCCGUCCUGCCGUGUUGACUUCGCAUCGUCGUGUUUUUCCGACUGGUUUUUGUUCACGCUUGUUUAUUUGCGCUCCUAAUUAAGGAAAUCUGUCACUCCCAACGUGUUCUUUUUAUUUGUUGAUUAUGCAUUUAUUUUUUUUACUGUAUCGAUAUCUCUUUUUUUCCUACUUACUACUGUGGGUUUUUUUCACAAUUUUAGAUCGUGAACUAGUAACUCUCUGCGUUUUCUGCUUAUUACAAAGUGUUUAAUCCGUAUAAGCAAUUCCGGCGUACAAUUGAGACCCCGUAUUCGGUCCAUAUUUACUCGAAGAAGCAGUUCUGGUGUACAUUCGAAGUCCAGCGUAUAUUUGAGGUUCGAUGUGAGUUCGUGUGUGUGAAAUGUUUGUUAUAUCAAAGUCGUCAUUGGCAUGUGGUAGUAUUUAUAAUGAAUAUAUAAUUUCUUGAAUUGUGAAUAUCUAAAGAGCAGAAAAUGUUUUUUUGUCUUCGA